AUGACCCUCCUGGAGGCAGGACUGGGGUGGCUGGAGAGGGAGAGCCUCGAAGAGGAGGACCUGGCGUUUCGACGGGCCGCGGUAGGCGACGGCGAGAUGGAAGAUGACGGCAGCGAGGGGGCGGCGAGGAUACGGUGGCGUCGGCUGCGUGGCUUCCUGUCCGGGAUCCGAGCGUUUUGCGAGGAGCGCGGGAUCUCUUGCGGCGCUGACGGCGGUGCCGACGCUGCCGCGACCGAGGAGACUGGGCGGACGGCGGGAGUCCACCCCAGCGCGUCCCCAGGCUCCCGACCUUCUUCAGCGGAACAUCACCACCGGUUUACUUCUGCGCAAGACACGACAGCCGAGGACAACGAUCCAUCCACAUGGUUGAGCCAGUCCUCCAACUUGUCCUCUCAAAGAACCUUCUGCCCAGACCCGCGGUGGGUGGACGAGUCUAUGCUGACUUCAGAGCAGCGAGAGGUGGUCGACACCGAGGUGGACGUCGGCCAGACCCUGACGAUCGUGGCCUACGCCGGCACGGGGAAGACCUUCACUCUUAGGGCCGUCGCCCAGAGAAACCCUACGCUCAAGAUCCUCUAUGCCGCGUUCAACCGUUCCGUGGCCGCUGCCGCCAGCUCAAUCUUCUCGAGCAACACCGAUUGCAAAACGAUGAGCUCGGUGUCGUUGACGGGUGGGACGUUCGGAAGGGUAGAGGGGAGCACGGCCAAAGUGACCAAAGCAAUACAGGCCUUCGUGGGAGGCAAUACGCGUUACUCGCACGCCAAGGUCGUGCUCAACUCGAUCGACGCCUUCUGCGCCUCCAGCGACCCCGACAUUACCUCCGAACACUUGAAGAUGCCACCGCUGCUGUCCCAUUCACCUUCCCAGAGCCAGAGCCGCACUAGGCGGGUCGAGCGGCCGUCGAAAGGGUGGGUGCUGGCCACCGCGAAAAAGGUCUGGGGGGAGAUGCACCCCUCCCCCGCCGCCGCGAGUAGCUCGACCCGGGGGUCCCGGAUCCCUCGGACCUUCAGCAGCUGCAUGAAGGCGUACCAGCUCUCUGAGCCGGACUUGAGCGGCAGGCACGCAAUCUACGGCUUUCGGGGCGCGAGGGACUACCUCAAGAAGGUCAAGAGUUUCAAGACGCUGUACCUCACCCAGGUCUUUCGGUUCCCGAAUCCUAUCGCAAGCGUCGCCAACACCGUGCUGCUCGGACUGAAGCGAGAGAGGCGCCCUCUGCUAGGAAGCCUGGCGUUUCCCGACGGCCCGACCAAGGUGGUAUUCGAGCGAGAGAGACACGAGUGGCUCCAGCAGGACUGCGAGUCCAAAGGACGCUUCGCCUACAUCGCAAGGACCAACGCGGGGCUCAUGACGGAAGCAGUCGCUGCCAUUGGUCGAGGUGACCGGGCUGCCUUCAUGGACGGUAGAGCGCCGAAUCUUCAGGAGGUGAAGGACCUGUGCCACAUGAUGAUGGGCGAAAUUGGCGAAGUUAAGAACCUCGACCUGAAGGAGAUUGGGUCCAUCCCGGCGCUGAGGGAAGUUCUCGACAAAGGAACAGACGACAACGACAUCAAGACAAUCGCCCCGUUGCUGGGCAUGGUGGACGACUACAUAUCGGCGGGCAAGACCCCUCACCGAGUCUUGGCGGACAUGGGAGCGGUGGAAAGCAUGCGUCUAGGCCCGGACUCCAAGGGCCCGCUGAUGAUCCUGACCACCGUCCACAAGGUCAAGGGACUGGAGUACGACACCGUGGUGCUCGCAGACGACUUUUCCUUCGAGCUGGUGGACGGAAGCUCGCCCCUCCGCAAGAGCGCCACCGAAAGCGCCAACCUGCUGUACGUGGCGGUCACGCGGGCGAAGCGGCAGCUAAUCCUCAACAAGAAGCUGGCCCACCAGCUGCGCAGCUUCGGGAUGUGGGACAGCCUCGCUCUCCAAGGCACCACCGCGUUGUGCCCCGCCGCCGGGCCUGUCCCCUGCUGCACCGACGGCUGCGACUGCGCUGACGCUCAUGGGGUGGCACCGGCGGCCGACGACCCCGCCAGCGUUAACGGCGGUGCCGGCGGUGGGGCGGGGAGUUCGCAACAAAGGCCGAGACUUUUGUACGGGGGGAGCUCGUCCGGCGGGCCCCUCUGCCGGGCGUGCGCCGAGGGCGCGGGGGAAAACUCCGGGGCGUUUCCGUACUUUUGUUCGGAGUUUGUUUCCUCGUCCUCGGAGAGCAGCGCGGCGGCGGUCGCUUGA